AUGCUUUGUUUGUCCAUCUCUGCAGACGCCUCCUGGGUUACGCCUUCAACCGUUACCACGGCCACGGCGACGCCGCCCUCGAUGCUCAUGGAAGGGCUAAGCUCGCAGCCCUCAGCUGGUCCUUCAACCAACAGCCCCCCGACCAGUCUCGAAGCAUUCGACGAUUCUGCCAACGCGGCCGAGUUCCGCGCCAACCUCGGCUACUACCGCUCCCAGCUACUGCAGCUGCUCAGCACCAUCCUCGCGCGCGAGUGCCUCUCCUUCUGCCCCGUCAGCGAGCGUGAGCUGGAGCGCGAACUUGCCACGCACGCCUCCACGGCGCUUGCCGACGCGCUCCUCGCCAUAGGCGCGGUGCUGACCAAGGACCAUCCACGCCUCGCGACCGCGCUCCUCGCGCCGGGCAGUCUUGACCCGGACAGCCUGGGGCAGGCCUUUGCCUACGAGGCCAUCAUCGCGCUGCACAACGGCACCGGCCGCCCACGACGUGUCGCCGACAUACAGGCGCUGGGCGUCUUAUCGCUCUACGCACUCACCUGCGAUAAGUUGCAGCAAGGGAGAGAGUUUGCUGCCGAUUUCUGCGCUGCAAUAGCGGAGCUGUGGCGUGCGGAGCCGUCGAGCGAGAUACAUAAAGGUAGCCUCGCGGACAAAGAGGCGCUCGCAAGCAUCUACUGCGCUGCCGUCUCGUUAAAUCGAGUCCUCUUUCUUAUUUCCGACUAUAAUAUGACGCUAGACGCGUAUACGCGAAGCGUUUGUAUGGACGAUUUUCAGGCUGUCGGAGACACUGAGACGGCCGCUCUCCCGUCUCAGUUGAAUUUAUCCAAUAGCAUUAUAGAUGAUGCCUUCUUCCACAAAGAUCUCAGCUCGAUACCCGACAAUCCUCGCGUGAUUGUCGCCAAGCUCUUCGAGCUGGCUGAAUGGACGUAUCUCGCGCGAUCGGGUCCGCAACAGGCAACGUUUGAGGGCGCCGUCCAAGUAUACAGUCAGGGCCUGCGCUGGUAUGAAACCUUCUUUCAAUACACCAGCGGCUGCGGAAAAACCAACACGUCAUUGAUCCUUUUUGUUCACACAUUUUAUCAUUUUUGCGUCCUAUGCCUCUUGACGCCGCAUAUCCUCGAGAGCGUCCCGAUUGCCAGGGACGGCACACGCGCCGACACGGUAUGCAAGCAGGCCGCGGAUAGCAUAUGCGAGCUCAUCACGCACUACCGCCAAUUGCACGGGGGCGAGCGAUUACUGGGUUUCGUGCCCAUGUUCGAGUCAGCAGCCCGUGCAAGCUUAGGUGAAGCCAGGACUUCCAGGUAG